AGCAGCAUUUCUAUUUAAAACACAGAUGAAGGCACAACACAUUCAGAACAGGCACAGACCAGGAGAUUUAUUAUCUUUCUAAAAUAGAGUUGGUGUAAAGAUCUGUGAGAGUGAACUCAGGAUGAAUAUCCUCCUCAUCUUCACCCUCUGUCUGAUCUCAGAUGGAGGAGCCUCAAAUGAAGUAACAGGAUAUUCAGGAGGAGGAAUCCUUAUCAAGUGCAAGUAUGGUGCAAAGGUCACACAAAGCCCAAAAUAUUUCUGUAAGGGUUCAAUGUCAGUCUGUUCUGACCAAAUAAAGACAGGAAAUAAAAACCAGUGGGUAAAUUCAGGAAGAUACUCACUGUUUGAUGACACCAAAUCAUCAGCGUUCUGGGUGAUGAUAAGAAAGCUCACUGUACUGGACACGGGGAUGUACCAGUGUGGAGUUAAUGUAACCACAGGAAAUGAUAUUAAGACAUCAGUGGAACUGAAGAUAAAGGAAGAUCUGUCCUAUAAGAGGUCCAUCAGUAAGACUGUUCAUGCAGGAGGCAACUUGACUGUCAGCUGUAAAUACCCAAAAUCCCUCAAGAGUCACCCUAAGUUUGUCUGCAGGAGGCUGCAAACUGCUGCUUGUUCUUAUAAUACAUCUGUUAAAGAAAGUACAAAAUAUGUAAAAACUGGGAAAAUAUCCCCGUAUGAUGACAGAGAAAAACAAAUCUUUAGUGUGAGUAUUAGAGAUGUAACUGAGCAGGACUCUGGUGAGUAUUGGUGUGGAGCUGAAGUACCUUGCAGAUCUGAUCAGGGAUACAAGGUUUAUUUCACACGGAUCGACCUGACAGUCACUGGAUUUCCAGCUUCCACUGUGAUCGCUGUGUCUGUAAUUCUGCUGCUGCUUCUGAUUGGAAUCAUAAUCCUCAUUCUGACUCUAAAAAACAGACACAAGAUGCAAGAAACCUGGUUGCAUAAAGGAGUACAACAAAUAUCAUAUACUUUAUUAAGGCACAUUUUGCUUGCAAAAGAACACUCAGACUUUUGGGAUAAGCGUCCACCAACAGGCACUUUCCAAAAUUCAGGAAAUGACCAAGGGGUUCCUCUUGAUGUUCAUGAAUAUGAGGAGAUUAAAAUCACCAGACGACUUUCUGCCUCAAACGCUGAAAUGUCCACAGUUUACGUUACUGCUCAACUACCCACAAUCUCCGCUGAUCGUCAUGCUGCAUAUACAGAGUUACCCACAAAACCCUGUGAUUCAGCUGUUUAUUCUUUUGCUCAACAUUUACAUUUACAUUUACGGCAUUUAGCAGACACCCUUAUCCAGAGUGACUUACAACUGAGCAACUGAGGGUUAAGGGCCUUGCUCAGGGGCCCAGUAGUGGCAGCUUGGUGGACCUGGUGGUUCGACCUGGUGGUUCGAACCCAUGACCUUCCGAUCAGUAGCCCAACACCUUAACCACUGAGCUACCACAUCCCCCAACUGCCCACAAUCCCCUCUGAUCAGAACAUCUACUCCAAAGCUCAGUUACCAACAUGUCUCUGAAGCGUGUCUCAGUGCUCAGUGCUCGACUAACUGAAACACAAUGGAAAUACAAUAUAGUUUAUAUAUUGUAUAGUAAUUUAUUUUUAAUGAUCAUGCUGACUGAUACAGACCUCUGUGCUCAUAACUGCUGUUUUUCAGCUCUCUAGCAGAAACAUUCUGGAAACAUCUAAAGGAGCACAUUUAUUUAUAUUAUUACUCUGUUAUGAGAUAUUUACAUUAACUUUUACGGCAUUUAGCAACCACCUUAACCCAAAGCAACGUACAAAAGUGCUUUUAAGUCUCUAUCGAUAAAUACAUUAACAAUGGCUCACUAGGUUACAGAGUUAGAAUACCAUCAACCUAAAUCUCUAUUCAAGUUUUUUUUAAAUAUGCACAUACAACAAACAGGGAAGUGAUAGUUCAUAUCAUAAAAAGUGCUAGAUAUAAUAUUAUUGAUAUUUAAUAAAUCUUUUAGUGACGAACUAAUGAGCAGAAUGUUAAAUAAUAAAAAAACACAUUCUGUUGUUUCUAAGUAACAUAGAAAGUAGAAUCAAAUGAGAUGCAAUAAAAUGAGGUCUUUACUUAAACCAAUACAUACUGUAUAAAAUUAAUACUUUGACUUAAGACUCCUAUAGAUCAGGAGCAGAAGAGCAGAGGUGACCGUGCCUUUGCAGUAGCGGCCACGAAACUCUGGAAUAAUUUGCCUUUGUACAUUAGGCAAGCACCUUCACUGGCUGUUUUUAAAUUACAUUUAAAACAUAUUUGUAUAGUGCAGCAUACAACACAGUAUGAUAGUUACCUGUUAGGAGUUCUUUUUAAGUGUGUGUUACUAAUUAUUAUUGUAUUUAUUGCAUUUUUUAUUAUGUUUUUGUUUAUUUUCUUCUUCUUCUU